AAUUGCCUGUUCUUGUGUGUUUGGCAGGUUCAUGACUUUUGCGUUAAGCUGUUCAACUCACCGAGCGUCAUGAGCAGGGGCAAGCGCGAAAACAACUUCUACAGUGUAGAGAUUGCAGAUUCUACCUUCACUGUGCUCAAGCGAUACCAGAAUUUGAAGCCGAUUGGUUCAGGCGCCCAGGGCAUAGUAUGCGCAGCCUACGAUGCAGUCCUUGAAAAAAAUGUUGCAAUCAAAAAGCUAAGUCGGCCGUUUCAGAACCAGACCCAUGCCAAGCGAGCCUAUCGAGAGCUUGUUCUCAUGAAGUGUGUAAACCACAAAAAUAUAAUCGGCCUAUUGAAUGUCUUCACCCCACAGAAAUCACUGGAAGAAUUUCAAGACGUUUACAUAGUGAUGGAGCUCAUGGAUGCAAAUCUCUGCCAGGUGAUCCAGAUGGAGCUGGACCACGAACGGAUGUCUUACCUCCUCUAUCAGAUGCUGUGUGGCAUUAAACAUCUUCAUUCUGCUGGAAUUAUACACAGGGAUUUGAAACCAAGCAAUAUAGUAGUAAAAUCGGACUGCACUUUGAAGAUUCUUGACUUUGGACUGGCCAGAACUGCAGGGACCAGUUUUAUGAUGACCCCUUACGUCGUGACUCGUUACUACAGAGCACCAGAAGUCAUCCUGGGGAUGGGAUACAAAGAAAACGUGGAUAUAUGGUCUGUUGGGUGCAUUAUGGGAGAAAUGGUUUGCCACAAAAUCCUCUUUCCAGGAAGGGACUAUAUUGACCAGUGGAAUAAAGUUAUUGAGCAACUAGGGACCCCAUGCGCUGAAUUCAUGAAGAAGCUGCAGCCAACCGUCAGGACGUACGUGGAGAACAGGCCGAAAUAUGCCGGCUACAGUUUCGAAAAGCUCUUCCCAGAUGUCCUGUUUCCAGUUGACUCUGAGCACAACAAACUGAAGGCCAGUCAAGCCAGAGAUUUGUUGUCCAAAAUGCUGGUGAUCGACGCAUCAAAAAGAAUCUCAGUGGAUGAAGCUCUGCAGCACCCAUACAUCAAUGUCUGGUAUGACCCUUCGGAAGCAGAAGCUCCUCCUCCAAAGAUACCAGACAAGCAGUUAGACGAACGAGAGCACACGAUAGAAGAAUGGAAAGAGUUGAUCUACAAGGAAGUCCUGGACCUGGAAGAGAGAACCAAGAACGGGGUUAUACGUGGGCAGCCGCCUCCUUUAGCACAGGUGCAGCAAUGAUCAACGGCUCUCGGCACCCCUCUUCGUCGUCCUCCGUCAACGACGUGUCUUCGAUGUCUACCGACCCAACCUUGACUUCCGAUACAGACAGCAGUCUAGAAACAUCCACAGGCCCUCUGAGUUGCUGUAGAUGACGACUGGAAGAAUUGGGCGGGGGAGGACGGGGGGGGGAUUGGGUUGUUUUAGUUACCUAAAUCACUGGUGAUAUUUUGGGGAGGGGGGAGUUCAGACGCAAUUGCGGGAUUCAUUUCGGAGUGCCCCUUUUAAGCUGUCAGUUGCGUUACAAGCAAGCCGCAGUGCUUUCCUGUAAUUAAGUUGUACAGUGUUAAUUUUUACCGUGGGUUUUAAAAUCCGCAUAUGUUUUA